AAAAAAAUUAUAUAAAAAUAUAUACACAUGAAAAAUUUGCUAAAUAAUUUUAUAAGGGAAAAAGUUGUCUUAUUGAGCGCAAACAUAAAACCCCUUAUGUUUCUCUUAUGAAGUUUAUUUGCUUACUUAAUAAUUAGUAUUUGCUUUGAAUGUUUGGGAAAUAAAAAAUGAUAAGUGCUGACAAAAUUGGGUAACCAUUAACAAAACCAAGAAAAAAAAUUGCGUGUGUUUGUCUGGCGGUAUAAAUAAAAUUUUUAAUAACAAAAGCCAAAUGUCAUGAUUAAUUAGUCUUAUCUAAAUAACUCAAACAAAAAAAUAUAUAUAUUCGAAAUAUAAAUAAUAGAAAAACAAAAAUAACAACAAUAAUAGCAGCAGAAAAAAUUAUUUAAGAAUGGAAGCAAUAUUUAAUGGAAUACUAAAAAUAAAAUAAUAAGGAAAACGAAAACACAAAAAUAUUAUACCAAAAAAAUCUAAAAAAAUGUAGCCCACCUUUUAAUGUUUAAUUGUAAAAAAAACCUAAAACUUAGGUUAAAAGAAACAAAAAAAAUUACAAAAAACUUAAUUAAGAUUAAUGUACGACCUUUAAGUCCUCAUAACGUUGAUGGUCUGUGGCAGCAUAAAAUACUUGAGUUAUAGUAAAAUACCUCUCAUUAAACAAAAUUGCCCAUAAAAUAUGUGAGUGCUCUUUUGAAAAUUACAAAAAAAAAGAAAAAUAAACAAAAACAAAAUACCAUGCUAUGUGUCAGCUAGCUUUUUUUGUGUGAUUUGUUUGAAAUAUAAAAAAAAAAAUGUGUCAACACCUAUGAAAAAAUCAUUUAUAAUGUUUAUCUGGCGAAAAGUGUUCGAGCAUUGUGAUUUGCAUACACGGGGCAAUAGUUAAUUUCCAGCAAUCAAAAAAAAAAAAAAGAAGAAAAAUUGAGAUAGUGGUGACCCAUAGCUAUUGUGGUGGUCGCGGUUGUUGUCGUUGCCAGCCAAGCUUUGGCCAUACACAUUAAGUAAGGCACACACACACACUCAAACUCAUCCAAAUAAAGCAAGUCCACAUAGUGGCCCCUAAUUCACGUGUCUCUAUUUAAUCUCAUUUGGCACGGUAGUGUGAGUUAUUGUUGUUGUUUUAACUAAAACAUCUGUUUUAUGCCAAAUAAAACAAAAAGCAAAACAACAAUAACAACAACAGUUAAACCACUACAAUAAUAAUAGUUAAACUAUUUUCGCUGCAAUCUUCCCGGCUCAGCCCACUUUGAAACCAAAAAAAAAAAAAUCUUAUCACCAACCAGCAUCGGCAUUAUCGUUUAUUUUUUGUCGCCGCUAUUGCCGCCGUUUUUUGUCGUCAUCGUUAAUCAUUAAGCUUCUGCAAUGGGCGUUUAGUAGUAGCAUUCAUCGUGUUUGUUGUUGUACAUUUUGGAAUAUGUAACAGUCGACAUUAAAAAUUAGUUCAACUCAACAUUCGUUAUAGAAAUUAAGAUUAGAGCAACAUUAAACUUGAAGAUGAAAUCAUAACAACAAAGCCCAUUAAAAGGAAUUCGGACAAUCACUACUGUGUUUCCAUAAAGCGGUUUCAAGCAACAAAAGGAACAAGAUUUUCAUUCAAGAACAAAACCAAAACAAAAGAUAAAACUAACCAGAAAUAUAUAUUUUCGAUAAAACGAAAGCGAAAAACUUACAACAGCCCCCACCCCCUUCGAAAAGGAAAACACAACUACAACUAGGCAACUUAAUACUGGGAAUACUGAAGCGAAAAUUGUGAAGCGAAAGGGAAUCUAAGUAAACCAACGCCACCACAAACAAAAGCAGACCUCAAAACGACACUGAUAAAUGGAUGAUGUUCACAUGAAAGGAAGCUGUGAUGCACAAUGUCAUGUUGUCUUCACUUUACUGGGGAACGUAAACGUGCCAGUCCAACAACUACCCAAGUCUUUUCUACGAGUUCUAAGAAUAAAUGAAAGCAUGACUGACAUGUCACAUGUGAGUGAAUAGAGUAAAACAGGAGCAGAAUUAUGAUAAAUGGCAAGUAAACUACAACAAGAAGAACAACAGCAGCCAAUGAAGAAGAGAGUGAGAACCUAAACUGGGGAAGAGACAAAAACGGAAACACUUUUUAUGUCAAUCAAACCAACGAAUAGGGACAUGCUGAUGACGAGUGAACAAGAAUAGGUUACCAGUUAAACCAGCACUCCACAUUACAAACCAUCUGCCGACAGGACUACACUGCUCCAAAAGAGGCUAAAAACACCGACCUAGCGAGAGAGAGAGUGCGAUCCAGAGGUGCUUAAGAAAGACAUUUGAAUAAAUGGAUUUUCACAAAGCAUUUGGCAAAAACAUAAUAAUUAUUCAUCAAAAAGAUAUCCGUAAGAAAGGAAAAAGAUAUCCUCGACUUGCCAGCAGCAUCUGCAUUAACCCUCACAUAUGCACAAGACACAAGAUUUUUGACAAACAACUGGUAAAUGCUUGAGAGUGUGUGCAGUAACAUAAGAAAAAUGUCCUCGCAUAACAAACGGACGAGCCAUUAUUAAUGAAGAACAUUUUUUGGAGCUAACUUAACCAAAAAGAAAACAAAAAAGUACAAAAGUCGAGUCGAAGCCCUGUAGCCCAGUUAAACGAGUACAAGAGAGCGAAAGUGUACUUUUGGAACCUUCUUCUUUUAGGGGCCCAGAGCUAUUAGCCAGCACUCAUCUUCAUCAUAUGGAUUCACUAAGCCAAGACAACAACCUACAAGCUAUAAAAGACUUUCAAAAAUCUUCAUCUGCUUCAUCGGGUGAGUUCUAUGCCGCCCACCAUUCGGCCAAUGGUCUACACCAGCUCUAUACAGUAUCCUCCGUCGCCGCUGCCGCUGCCACCGCUUGCUCCGCCACCAAAAAUUUCAAAUUUCAUCACUAUCAGCGAGGAAAAUCUUUAGUUUGGCCUAAUUUCGGACAAUAUCUGAGAAAUUUUAUGUUCGCCUUGCUAAGGGCCUUGAUUUACAUACUAUUGCUAUUAAGCCUUAGCGAUUGCUGGUUUCAAGUUGGUUCAGCCGCUUUGAUUCUAACAUCGUCGAGGGAACAAACGCCAACACAGUUGGAAAAUCACUCUUCACAUUCACCAUCAGCAGCUUCUGCAUCAUUGACGCCACAACUUUUACAUUUGCCCAUACAGGCCUUGAUUUUUGAGGUAGAUGCUGCCAUAGCUGCUGCUGCCGCCGGCACAACACCUUCAGAGAAUCGUCAGCGUAGGGGCCCCAGGAAACAGCACAACAGUAGCAACUCUACACUAACGAGCCGAGAAGAACAAACAAAUGAUGGCAAACAGGCAGCCGCCACCGCUACGGACACGACAUCAACAUUGCAUGGCCAGGCCGGUGGCAGCAAACAUCAUCGCCACAACAGCAACAACAACAAUAACCACCAACAGCAGCAGCAACAACAGCAACAGCAACACAGUAUUAGCACCAUGUUUGGUGCAGGCGCAGCUGGAGAAAAAGCAGGAAUUACAGCAUCAACAAUGGCUUCAUUGUCUGGGGGGCCAUACCAUCAUGGAUACCAAAGCCACGGCAACAGCAUUAGCAUGCAAAGCAUCACCUCAACAUUAUCGGCGGCAUUGUCGACAAAUGACACCGAGUGGUCAGCCUCAAUGCCCAGCCUUAGCUCAGCGGCAUCAGCCUCAUCAUCAUCACCAUAUGCUUCGUUUACGUCCACAUCUCUACCGUCCUCUGUAUCCUUAUCCUCCGCCCCCUAUUCCUCCUCCACCUCGCCCCUGGCCUCGGCGACGACGACCCUAUCGGACAACGGCAGCAUUAGUUCUCCCGCAACACCUGUCGAAUUCACCAUGCCCGCUGUCCAUACCGUAUUGGUUAGCAUAGUCCUGCUCUUUGUUAUCCUGGGCACCAUUGUUGGCAAUGUUUUGGUGUGCAUUGCUGUGUGCAUGGUCCGUAAACUACGUCGUCCUUGCAAUUAUUUAUUAGUAUCCUUGGCUCUCUCUGAUCUCUGUGUCGCUGUGCUAGUUAUGCCCAUGGCUUUGCUCUAUGAGGUUUUGGAAAAAUGGAAUUUUGGCCCGGUCCUCUGUGAUAUUUGGGUAUCCUUCGAUGUGCUCUGCUGUGCAGCUUCCAUAUUGAAUUUGUGUGCCAUUUCGGUGGAUCGCUAUUUAGCCAUUACCAAGCCCCUGGAGUAUGGGGUCAAGCGUACGCCACGUCGCAUGAUGUUGUGUGUGGCCCUGGUGUGGCUGGCGGCUGCCUGUAUUUCAUUGCCUCCCCUCCUCAUAUUGGGCAAUGAGCAUGUCGAUGAGCAUGGCAAUCCCAUGUGUUCGGUGUGUCAGAACUUUGGCUAUCAGAUUUAUGCAACUUUGGGUUCCUUUUAUAUACCAUUGGCUGUAAUGCUGUUUGUCUACUAUCAGAUAUUUAGGGCGGCGCGACGCAUUGUUUUGGAGGAGAAGCGGGCGCAGACCCAUUUGCAGCAUGCCCUCAAUGGCACGGGCUCCCCUCCGCCGGGUCACACCGAUUUGGAUGCGCACCCCCAGCAGCAUAGGCAUAGCAGCUUUGGCAACACAUCUCUCAACUACUCCACCUGUGGCGGCGCUCUCUCCACCAGCCAUCAUAGUAGUGGUGGCACCGCCGGCGGCCACGGAGGUGGCAGUGGUUCUAGUGGUCUGCUGGGUUCGCCUCACCAAAAGAAAUUACGUUUCCAAUUGGCCAAAGAGAAGAAAGCCUCCACCACAUUGGGCAUUAUAAUGUCCGCCUUUACCGUUUGUUGGCUGCCAUUCUUCAUUUUAGCUCUCAUACGUCCCUUUGUCGAAUCGGAAACGACGCAUGUGCCACAGUCCUUGUCUUCGUUGUUCCUAUGGCUGGGCUAUGCCAAUUCGUUGCUCAAUCCCAUUAUCUAUGCCACCUUGAAUCGUGACUUCCGUAAACCUUUCCAAGAGAUUCUCUACUUCCGGUGUUCCAGUCUCAAUACGAUGAUGCGUGAAAAUUACUAUCAGGAUCAGUAUGGUGAGCCACCAUCGCAGCGUGUAAUGUUGGGCGAUGAAAGACAUGGGGCGCGAGAAAGUUUUCUCUGAAAUUAGGCGAAUUGAGAAGAAGGCGCAAGAGAGUGAAAAGAGUGUUUCAAAGUAGACAAAUGGUGAGCAAUGGGUGUAAAAGGGGUAGAGAGGAAAAUUAGUGGCAAGGCAAAUGUAAUAGAGACGAUAGAAAUAGUGAUUUUAUACUUAAAGACCAUUUAAAGCUGAAUUAGUGCAUGUAACGUAAUUUUAAAAAGAUGCCUGAAGCUUUUGUUGUGUACGACGAUGGUCAUUUCAGUCGGGAAUACUCAUGCAUAAAACCAACAUAAAGCCAGAA